AUGGCCUACCCGCAACAGAGAGCUCCCCCAGUCAGGAACUACGGCCCUCCGAGAGACCCGUCCUAUGACCCAGGCUAUCAGGACUAUGGUUACGAUCAAUACCCGCCCGAUGGAGGCUAUAAUGACCCCGGUUAUGGCUAUCCCCCCGACCCAGCAACUCCAAGAUCGCAAGCUCGCCCUCGCGGUGCACCGCGACCGCCGCGUGGAGGCUAUCCGCCGAAUGCGCGACCUCCUCCGAGAGGCUAUGAUGGUCGACGAGACAGACGUCCGCCCCCGCCGCAAGAUCGGGUGAGACCACCACGGAAUGGACCCCCCAUGUCGGGUUUUGACAGUCCUUUUCCCGCUGUACCCCCCGGGGGUAGGCGUGGACCUCCUCGGGGCAUUGAAGGCGAUAUGGCGGCAAUGAGUCUGAACGGCCCAGCGCCGCCCCGACCUCACACAUCUAAUGGGAAUAGACGGCCUCCAGAUAUGCGACCUCCUCGACCGGGACCGAAUCCCUCCGCCUAUCCUCCAAGGGCAGCCAGUGCAGGACGCUCACGACCCUCUGACCGUAAUGGGCCAUAUACUGACCCCAGGGGCCCACCACCUAUGCCGCAUAUCAAUCGCAGUGCGACUAUGCCUGUUCCAGGCGGCCCGGGAUAUCUAGGACAGCCUAGUUCUCGAGAUCCGAGAGAAAGUACCUAUGGUGGUUUACUAGAUAGCUACUAUAGCACAGCACCCGAUGACCCCGACAUGCCCAAUUUUGAUGCAAUGCCGGAUUUCAGCAAAGGUGCAGUUGAUGAAGCUUUACCAGGUCUAGAACAACCCAAGCCAAAACCUGAAUCUCCUGGUGGUCCUGCACAAGGGCAAUACAAGGCAUUCAAUCCAGCGGCCCAGGAGCUUCAUAUGCAUACCCCACCGGACUCUGGUACUCCUACAGGGGCGAAUCAAUUCGCCAAUGCUGGUUUCCAAUUUGAUUUGCCCUCGGAAUCCCAGUCGGCCGGCCACCCUUACAACGCGAUGAAAAAUGGGUACGAGCCAUAUGAGGAUCCUAUGAAUUCGCAGCAAAACCCGGAUGCCCUUCCGCACCACCCUAUGCCCUACCGCCCGGGCCACGAUUCAGGUGAUAAGCCAGCUCCCGUGCGACAGUACAACAACGCAACCAACAAUCAACCACCAGCGCCAGCCCAACAGGGCCCUCUAGAUGGUCCAGAACCACAGCAACCGGUUACCCAAGCUGAAAUUGAGCGAUUGCAGAUGCAAGCUCGGGGCAACCCCUCUGACCAAAAACUUCAACUUCUCCUCGCACAGCGGCUAGUCGAAGCUUCAAUAGUACUCGUCGACGCCAGCAGACUAGAUCCAAAGUCGAAGGCCAAAGCCCGGGAGAAAUACAACAUUGACGCCCAUAAAAUCAUUAAGAAAUUGAUUUCAAGCGGCUACUCAGACGCUCAAUUCUACUUGGCCGAUUGCUAUGGUCAAGGUGUUUUAGGUCUCCAAAACGACCCCAAAGAAGCAUUUUCGUUAUACCACUCGGCAGCAAAACAAGGCCACCCGCAAGCCGCUUACCGUGUCGCUGUCUGUUGCGAAAUUGGCCAAGAGGACGGCGGCGGCACAAAACGCGAUCCCUUCAAAGCCGUACAGUGGUACAAGCGCGCUGCUUCCCUAGGCGAUCCUCCAGCAAUGUACAAAAUGGGUAUGAUCCUUCUAAAAGGUCUCCUCGGCCAAGCCCGCAACCCGCGCGAGGGUAUCUCCUGGCUCAAGCGUGCCGCUGAGCGCGCAGACAUGGAAAACCCACACGCCCUCCAUGAGCUCGCUCUGCUCUACUCCUCCGCCGGUGACAACGACGCCAUUAUCCGGGAUGAGGCCUACGCAUCUCAGCUCUUCCACCAGGCCUCCGAACUCGGCUACAAGUUUUCCCAGUUCCGUCUCGGAAUGGCUUACGAGUACGGCCUCAUGGGCUGUCCUGUAGAUCCAAGACAAAGCAUCAUGCUCUAUAGUGCCGCCGCUGCACAAGGCGAACACCAGGCUGAACUUGCGCUUAGCGGUUGGUACCUUACCGGUUCUGAGGGUAUCCUCCAGCAGAGCGAUACAGAGGCAUACCUUUGGGCCCGCAAAGCCGCCUCGUCCGGUUUAGCCAAGGCUGAAUAUGCGAUGGGUUACUUCACGGAAACUGGAAUCGGGGCCACCGCCAAUAUGGAGGAUGCGAAGAGGUGGUAUUGGCGAGCUGCUGCCCAAGGAUUUCCCAAAGCCCGCGAACGUCUCGAGGAACUUAAACAGGGCGGCGCCCGGAUGCAAAAGACCAGGCUCUCCCGGUCGGCCGUCAACCAGCAGAAACCUAAUGAUGGGGACUGCGUUAUAAUGUAA